UUGGCGCUCUUUGUAAUUGCAUUUUUCGUACAAGUUCUGUAUCUGUUGUUCUCGAAGAGUUUAUUUAAUAUGUCUACUUUGGAAUUGUGUGAAAAAUAUUUUGAGACACGCGAUGUGUAUAAGCUGAUGAAUCUCAAGAAAGACGCCAAAGAUAAGGACAUCAAAAAAGCGUAUCACAAACUGUCGCUGCUUGUGCAUCCGGACAGAGUGCAAGAGGCCCAAAAGGAGGAAGCGACCGAAAAAUUUAAGGUUAUUUCCAAAAUCUAUCAAGUCCUCACCGAUGCGGGUAAACGCGCACUUUACGAUGAGAAGGGCAUCAUAGACGAUGAUGAGGAGGAGAGCAAGCUCAGCUCAUGGCUGGAGUUGUGGAGCAAAAUUUUUAAGCCGAUUACAAAGGAGGAUAUCAGCAAUUACGAAAAGGAAUACGUGGGCUCUGACCUGGAGCGGACCGACAUCAAAAAGGCCUACCUUGGUGGCAAAGGCUGUAUAAAUUACAUUAUGAACCAUGUUCCGUUCAUGAAAGUCGAAGAUGAGCCGCGCAUUCAAGAGAUUGUCCGCAAAAUGAUUGCAGACGACGAGGUGCCUGAGUUCAAGAUAUUUACCGAGGAGCCAGCUGCCAAGCGCAAAAAGCGCCACCGAAAAUACGCACGGGAAUUGAAGGAAGCUAAUGAGAUCAAGGAGCGUAUGGAUCAAGAAGAGAAACAGAACGGAGGCGGCAGCUUGGAGCAGAUGAUACUGGCACGCAAGCAAAGUCGAGAGUCAAACUAUAACUCGCUAAUGGAUCGUCUUUUGGAUAAAUAUGGCACAGAGGAUGACAGCGAUGUGGUUGAUUUUAGCGAGUUGGACAGGAAAAAGAAGCUCAAGACCAAGACGCCGUCGAAGCAACAGAAAACCGCCAAACUAAACGGCGUGAAGAAGGGCCGCAUAGAAAAGCAAAAGGUUUAAGCUUGGGGAGAUUUUUGUAGAGUAUUAAGAUUUCUAAAUUCUAUAGUUCAUAUAAUAUAUUUAAUCAAUAAAUAAAACUUAUUGCUAUAAGUAUA